UCCAGUGUGCACAGCUACCCCUCCCCCUCCCUUUCCCCCUCCCUCCGCCCCGAACUGGUGGACCUCAUCCUCACCUACGCCCUCCGUGUGUGGAGCAACCCCACCCCCCUCAACUUCCACCUUCUUCGCCCCUCCCGGGACCACCCCAACCAAGAGGGGGACUUCAGGGUGUCCUUCCCCAGCUCCUACCACGAGGACGGGUACCCCUUUGAUGGCAAAGGGGGCACCCUGGCUCACGCCUUCUUCCCCGGGACGGCGGACAUGGCGGGGGACACCCACUUUGACAACGGGGAGAGCUGGAGUUACGGGUAUGGAGGUGAGAGAGAGGCUUACGGCGUAACACACAUACACAGUGUGUACUUCUGUGAAUAACAUAAUGAGAUUUGAAUUGCUUUCUCUUUCCCUCUUUCCUUGUCUCUCCCUUUUUUUCCCUCCCUCCAUUUCUGUCAUUCUCUCCCUCUAUCGCCAAAUUGCCUAUACCUACAGUAUAUGUACAUGUCUAUCUCAACUACCUCGUACCCCUGCACAUCGACUCGGUACUGGUACCCCAUGUAUAUAGAAAGUUAUCAUUACUCAUUGUGUAUUUAUUCCUUGUGUUAUUAUCAAUUUUUUUCUCUUUGCAUUGUUAGGAAGGGCCCGUGAGUAAGCGUUUCACUGUUAGUCUACACCUGUUGUUUACGAAGCAUGUGACAAAUACAACAUCUCUCUUUUUCUCUCCUCUCCAUCUCUUUCUCAGAUGACAUUGGCACCACUGAUCUCUUCACGGUGGCGGUGCAUGAGUUUGGCCACGCCCUGGGCCUCUCACAUUCCUCUUCCAAUCCCUCCAUCAUGAGGCCAUACUACCAGGGGACUGUGGGGGACAUCCAGAGCUAUACACUACCUACCGAUGACAGGCUGGGAAUACAGGCUAUAUACGGUACACACCAUCACACUCACACACAGUGCACACACACACAUUUCAAAUCAAAUCAAAUCACAUUUUAUUGGCCACAUGCGCCGAAUACAACAGGUGCAGACAUUACAGUGAAAUGCUUACUUACAGCCCUUAACCAACAGUGCAUUUAUUUUUAAUAAAAAAGUGACAAAAAAAAAGUGUUGAGAAAAAAAGAGCAGAAGUAAAAUUAAAUAACAGUAGGGAGGCUAUAUAUACAGGGGGGUACCGGUGCAGAGUCAAUGUGCGGGGGCACCGGCUAGUUGAGGUAGUUGAAGUAAUACAGUGGGGGAAAAAAGUAUUUAGUCAGCCACCAAUUGUGCAAGUUCUCCCACUUAAAAAGAUGAGAGAGGCCUGUAAUUUUCAUCAUAGGUACACGUCAACUAUGACAGACAAAUUGAGAUUUUUUUUCUCCAGAAAAUCACAUUGUAGGAUUUUUAAUGCAUUUAUUUGCAAAUUAUGGUGGAAAAUAAGUAUUUGGUCACCUACAAACAAGCAAGAUUUCUGGCUCUCACAGACCUGUAACUUCUUCUUUAAGAGACUCCUCUGUCCUCCACUCGUUACCUGUAUUAAUGGCACCUGUUUGAACUUGUUAUCAGUAUAAAAGACACCUGUCCACAACCUCAAACAGUCACACUCCAAACUCCACUAUGGCCAAGAGCAAAGAGCUGUCAAAGGACACCAGAAACAAAAUUGUAGAUCUGCACCAGGCAGGGAAGACUGAAUCUGCAAUAGGUAAGCAGCUUGGUUUGAAGAAAUCAACUGUGGGAGCAAUUAUUAGGAAAUGGAAGAUAUACAAGACCACUGAUAAUCUCCCUCGAUCUGGGGCUCCACGCAAGAUCUCACCCCGUGGGGUCAAAAUGAUCACAAGAACGGUGAGCAAAAAUCCCAGAACCACACGGGGGGACCUAGUGAAUGACCUGCAGAGAGCUGUGACCAAAGUAACAAAGCCUACCAUCAGUAACACACUACGCCGCCAGGGACUCAAAUCCUGCAGUGCUAGACGUGUCCCCCCUGCUUAAGCCAGUACAUGUCCAGGCCCGUCUGAAGUUUGCUAGAGUGCAUUUGGAUGAUCCAGAAGAGGAUUGGGAAAAUGUCAUAUGGUCAGAUGAAACCAAAAUAUAACUUUUUGGUAAAAACUCAACUCGUCGUGUUUGGAGGACAAAGAAUGCUGAGUUGCAUCCAAAGAACACCAUACCUACUGUGAAGCAUGGGGGUGGAAACAUCAUGCUUUGGGGCUGUUUUUCUGCAAAGGGACCAGGACGACUGAUCCGUGUAAAGGAAAGAAUGAAUGGGGCCAUGUAUCGUGAGAUUUUGAGUGAAAACCUCCUUCCAUCAGCAAGGGCAUUGAAGAUGAAACGUGGCUGGGUCUUUCAGCAUGACAAUGAUCCCAAACACACCGCCCGGGCAACGAAGGAGUGGCUUCGUAAGAAGCAUUUCAAGGUCCUGGAGUGGCCUAGCCAGUCUCCAGGUCUCAACCCCAUAGAAAAUCUUUGGAGGGAGUUGAAAGUCCGUGUUGCCCAGCGACAGCCCCAAAACAUCACUGCUCUAGAGGAGAUCUGCAUGGAGGAAUGGGCCAAAAUACCAGCAACAGUGUGUGAAAACCUUGUGAAGACUUACAGAAAACGUUUGACCUGUGUCAUUGCCAACAAAGGGUAUAUAACAAAGUAUUGAGAAACUUUUGUUAUUGACCAAAUACUUAUUUUCCACCAUAAUUUGCAAAUAAAUUCAUUAAAAAUCCUACAAUGUGAUUUUCUGGAUUUUUUUUCUCUCAAUUUGUCUGUCAUAGUUGACGUGUACCUAUGAUGAAAAUUACAGGCCUCUCUCAUCUUUUUAAGUGGGAGAACUUGCACAAUUGGUGGCUGACUAAAUACUUUUUUCCCCCACUGUAUGUACAUGUGGGUAGAGUUAAAGUGACUAUGCAUAAAUAAUUAAGAGUAGCAGCAGCGUAAAAAGAUGGGGUGGGGGGUGGGGGUGGGGGGGCAGUGCAAAUAGUCCGGGUAGCCAUGAUUAGCUGUUCAGGAGUCUUAUGGCUUGUGGGUAGAAGCUGUUGAGAAGUCUUUUGGACCUAGACUUGGCACUCCGGUACCGCUUGCCGUGCGGUAGCAGAGAGAACAGUCUAUGACUAGGGUGGCUGGAGUCUUUGACAAUUUUGAGGGCCUUCCUCUGACACCGCCUGGUAUAGAGGUCCUGGAUGGCAGGAAGCUUGGCCCCAGUGAUGUACUGGGCCGUAUGCACUACCCUCUGUAGUGCCUUGCGGUCGGAGGCCGAACAGUUGCCAUACCAGGCGGUGAUGCAACCAGUCAGGAUGCUCUCGAUGGUGCAGCUGUAGAACUUUUUGAGGAUCUGAGGACCCAUGCCAAAUCUUUUCAGUCUCCUGAGGGGGAAUAGGCUUUGUCUUGCCCUCUUCACGACUGUCUUGGUGUGUUUGGACCAUGAUAGUUCGUUGGUGAUGUGGACACCAAGGAACUUGAAGCUCUCAACCUGUUCCACUACAGCCCCGUCGAUGAGAAUGGGGGCGUGCUCAGUCCUCUUUUUUUUCCUGUAGUCCACAAUCAUCUCCUUUGUCUUGGUCACGUUGAGGGAGAGGUUGUUAUCCUGGCACCACACGGCCAGGUCUCUGACCUCCUCCCUAUAGGCUGUCUCAUCGUUGUCGGUGAUCAGGCCUACCACUGUUGUGUCGUCGGCAAACUUAAUGAUGGUGUUGGAGUCGUGCCUGGCCAUGCAGUCAUGGGUGAACAGGGAGUACAGGAGGGGACUGAGCACGCACCCCGGAGGGGCCCCCGUGUUGAGGAUCAGUGUGGCAGAUGUGUUGUUACCUACCCUUACCACCUGGGGGCGGCCCGUCAGGAAGUCCAGGAUCCAGUUGCAGAGGGAGGUGUUUAGUCCCAGGAUCCUUAGGUUAGUGAUGAGCUUUGAGGGCACUAAGGUGUUGAAUGCUGAGCUGUAGUCAUUUGAAGUCUUUAUUUGGGUCCUCAACAAAGGGAAUUGUCAUAAAGACCCAUAUGCAGUACAAACGCACGCAUGCACAACACAAACAGAGACAUAGGAACACAAAUGCUCAAAAAAUACUGAAAUGGUAUUUCAUAGGAAAGAGAAGAAAGUCUGCAACGCAUCCCACUCCGGCCCCCAUCACUCCCAAGCUACCUUUCCUGCCCAGUCCUCCUUCCCCAAGACUAACACCACAGUAAGUGUAUAACUGGGAAAAUACUGCACUACUACUAUUGUUAUAGUUAAGAUACUAUAUCACAAUAUGAUGAAAAUAUCAUAAAGAUACAGUACCCUCUCUCUACCGCCCCUUACAAAACACAGCCCAGACCCUGCUCUGCCAGAUCGCUGUGAGGGGAAAUAUGAUGCCAUUGCCAACAUCAGAGGAGAAGUCUUCUUCUUCAAGGGUAAGAAGAACAACCAUUUUUCAUGUUAACUCCAGAAAAAUGUAUGGGCUUGAGAAUGUUAGUGUCUGUGUGGCGCAAUUUUCUCAUGAGCCAAAAGUGGUCCCCGAAAAUUGCAUACUACAGUGAGAUCCAAAAGUAUUUGGACAGUGACACAUUUUGUGUUGUUUUGGCUCUGUACUUCAGCACUUUGGAUACAAAUGAAGGGUAAAUAAUGUAUUGUGUCAUUUCGGAGUCACUUUUAUUGUAAAUGAGAAUAGAAUAUGUUUCUAAAUACUUCUACAUUAGCAUGAUUACGGGGGGGGGGGGGGGGGGGGGGGGGGGGGGGGGGGGGGGUGUAUGAUGCUUAUGCCUCUGUAACUUUCUCACUCAUCAUUAUUAUCCAUAGCAUCCACAUUAAUGUAGAAAUAUAUUAUAUUCUUAUUUACAAUGAAAGUGACUCCAAAAUGACACAAUACAUUAUUUACCAUUCAUUUGUAUCCAAAGUGCUGAAGUACAGAGCCAAAACAACACAUAAUGUGUCACUGUCCAAAUACUUUUGGAUCUCACUGUAGUAUGCAAUUUUCUGGGACCACUUUUGGCUAAAAAGUAUACAAAGUACCAGAGUCUCUCUAUAAAGGGAAGAUUGCAGAAUUAGGUUGCUGUUAAACAUUCUGAUUGGUUUCAUCCUUCCAACUAAAAGUCCCAAUACGAAAUAUCACUUUACAAUUGUAUUUUGGGCAACAUUUUAUUUUAUCCGAAUUUAACCGAAGUGAUGUCGUUCAGAAAAGUGACGUCAAGAGAAGAACACACGUGUGAAUACACCGCAGGAGUGAAGUCACUGUCCACAUAAGACAGGAAAGACCCACAUCAUUGUUUAGUGUUUUAAAUAGUUGGCACUCUGAAUAAAGCCAACUUAUCAUCUGACCAUAUCCUGUGAUUUCUUUAUUCUGUAUCAGCUAAAAAUGUUUUCAUCACUUAUACAGCAUGCAGGCUUUUAGCAUAGCGCCCGUUACACCACUGCUGGCUUACCCCUACUAGCUAACCACUAGCAGCCUUGAAACACAUCACUUAUUAGCAGCUCAGCACAUCAGCAUUUCUCAUACUAUUACACAAAAUCAAGAUGAACCUAUAUCAUCAUAGUAGACAUUGAACGUCUAUAACCAAACUGGCUAAAACUGUUGUUGGCCGAUGGUAGCUAUAGCUAGCCACAUGCUAACCUGAGUACUAACGUUACUAGCAGCAGUAACAGUAAAUCCAGGUAUAAUGGCUAACACAAACAUUGGCUACCAUGAUAUCCUGCAACUUAUAUCGGCAAAUAAAGAUCAGACAGUUCAGCAAAAAUAAAGACAUACCUUGAAAUAAACAAUGACAUUAAUAUUUCACCAUUUAUUUCUGCAAAACGUGCAGUGUUGAUGGAGUUGUUGUAGCUUGCUUGUUAGGUAGCUAGCUUAUUCCAUCCCCAAACACCAUGCUAGAUCCGAGUGGGCCAGUUCGUUUUGCAUGGCCCGGUGCACUUCUUCGUUGUUUAUCAUCUACUAGCAAUAUAACAUGACAAAACUCUUUGGGCACUUUAGUAUCUACUUACCCAAUUCGCCUCCAUCACCAAAGCCGCCAGCCAGCUGUUUCUUUCUUGACAUCAAAGCCCAAUGGUAUAGGAGUUUUUGAUAAAUGUAAAUCAAAUUGUGAAAAUAGAAGUGUAUAUCUUUUUUUUUUGCAUAAAGACCGGUUUAGAUGGAAUACAAUCAAUUUACGUUGUUAGAUUUGUGGAAUAUACUGUAUAUCGUGCAACCUUUCCUUUAACACUUAUCCGAAGUGCAUUUAGCAGAAGUCAACUGUAACCUGUACAUUGUACACAAGCACGUAUGCAUAGUGCAUACACAUGCUGUAUACCGUACACCCAAAACACACACUUUCCCAUUCUCUCUCCCCCCAACCUCUGCCUCUCCCUUUAUUUUCUCUCUCCCUCCCUCUCUCAGGUGCUUUCUUCUGGCGUGCUCAGCAGUGGGGUUCUCUGGUGUCUUUCAUCCCAGCACUGAUCCACAACUUCUGGGUUGGGCUCCCCCUAAGGCUGGACCGGAUCGACACAGUCUAUGAGAGGAGCGACGGACACAUCAUCUUCUUCAUCGGUGAGAGAGGCAAAAAUAUUCCAAAAUAUAUAAUACUGCAUAAUAUUAUAUGUUAUGAUAUAUAUCGUAAAUACAUAAUAUUCUGAAUUGUUUAUUGUUUACUGUUAUGUGCUUGUGUGAGUAGUAUAUGAAUGCCCAAAUGAGCAUCUUCUAUUUGUUUAUGUCUGAUAAAUGAUAUAUUUCAAUUUGAUUCUUCUCUCUCUGGUUGUCCUCUGUCCUCUGUACUCUCUGUGCAGGAGCCCAGUACUGGGUGUUCAAAGACAGGGCCUCUCUGCCUGGGUACCCACGCUCUUUGGAGGAAUGGGGCAUGCGUACCAUGGACGGUCGGGCACUGGAGAGGGUGGAGGCGGUGUUCGUGUGGGCACACAACGGGAAAACAUACGUGUUCAGCGGAGGGGAGUUCUGGAGAUUUGACGAAGGGGGGCGGGACAGGAAACUGGAGGGGGGGUACCCCAAAAGGGCCUCCCUCUGGACAGGGGUGCCCUCUGACCCCGAUGACAUCAUCAGCUGGGGAGACGGUAAGAGAGGCGCUCGAGUUAGUGCUUGCCCCUAAUUACAGAUCCAGGAUCAGAUUAGCCUUUACCCAAUCCAACCAUUUUACCCAGGGAUGGGCAACUGGCGGCCCCCCCUUUUGUAGACCCGCGAAUAAAAAAAAAUUAGGAACUCAGUCGGGGUCUCAACUGUUGAGAGUUAGAGCAAUAGAAUACACAAGGUGCAAUUUGAAAAUGUGGUUGUGCAUCAGCAGUUUUUCUAUUAUGUCAGUCACUGACAGUCACUCAAUUCGCCCAUGUCAGCUAAAAUGUUUUAGAUUGGUAAAUUAGUCUAGCGGCCAGCUAUCUAAACUUGUAGUAAGCAUGGUCGAAUUACCAACCUAUGGCAAAAUGUGUAGACUUGCAGGAAAUUAGCUGUAAAACUGCAAAUUCUUCUCUCCACCCCUUGGCAAAAUGAGAAGAAUUGCAUGAAAUGAGUUAUAAAAUUGCAAAAUGUUCUCUCCGCCCCAUAGCAAAAUGUGUAGAAUUGCAGCAAACUUACUUAAAAUGGCAACAUUUUCUCUCCGCCCCAUGGCAAAAUGUGUAGAAUUGCAAGAAAUUAACUCUAAAACUAUAAAUGUUUCUCUUCGCUGUCAAGAGGGGGGCCGCUAAAAUGUUUUGCUCACAACAAAAUGUUGCUUAGGGCCCCAAAAAGGCUAGGGCCAUCUGUGGGUAUAGAUUUACUGUGGGUAUGGAUGUGGGUACGCAGAACCACGAGCCUCUCAUGAUGAGUUCCGUUCUAAGCUGACAUAUGGAUUUGUUUUAAGAUGGUCAUACAGUGGAUCAUUUACCUAUUUGAUUUAGAAAAAUAAUUUGGCUAUAGCCCAUAGAAACGCAUUGAAUAACACGUUCAUAAAUGGAAAAAAAAGAGUGAUUAGUUUGUAGCCAAAACGGUUCGGAAGCUGCAAACAGAAGUUGGCACAUCGAUGGUACCUACUUCAGACGAGUCCCCUAACACUUGUGGGGGUCGUAGAGCAAAACGGAGACCACCAUCGUGUUCGUCAGAGUCAUAAUAGUUUGUAGCUCAUACCGUUCGGACACUACAGACGUUUUCAGUGAGAAGACCGAUUUUUGGGAUGUCUCAUGGUCUGAGAAACACCACUUUUAAAUUGACAAUAUGGAAUGCAAUGACAUCCCUUUUAACAUUUUUAAAUGCAUGACACAUGCCUUAAUGAAUUAUCACUAUUAACUAUCCUAUUAUCACUAUUAACUGUACAUACCGUAACUGUAAUCCCUAUAUAAACUCACUUCAGUAAACAAAGGCAACGUGUAUGAGCAUGUAUACAUGUGUCUUAUUGCUCUACAUUGCAAUAACAAAAUAAAUCAUCUUCACAUUUCCCAAAAGUUAUCUCGCUCAUUCACUCGGACACACACACACACACACACACACACACACACACACACACACACACACACACACACACAGGAGCUGCACGUGGUCUCUCUCUCACUCACAGCUGCACUGUGCACGCUUUGACCACGCCAACAUCUCGUGAGCUGGUGAGUAGCCUCCUUGAAAGCUAGUGAGCAAGACGGCUAACGUCUAAUUGCUAGACAUUCAAAUAGCAUAUUUAUAUCAUCACUCAAACACAUUUACUUUCGAUUAAACAACACACAGUAACUUCUGUAACAUUCUGACAUGAACAAAUACAUUUUAAAUUGAAUUCGGACCUGAAAGGGGGGAAAUAUAGAAAUGAAUCACACAGAGAAUUUGUUUCAGCUUCAAGUCAGUGUAAUGAGUGAGCUGGGAAGCUCCAUGCGCCUCUAAUAGGAAUUCUUAGGCAUAACCAAUAAAACAGAAAACACAGAUCAUAUUAUCAACAAUCAGACAAAUGAUAGCAUAUCACUUGCUUGUACACAUUAUGAUUCUGUAUUAUUUCGUUAUGGCAUUAUACAUUUUUCAUAUGGGUGGCCCCGGAAAUGAAACCCACAAUCCUGGUGUUGCAAGCACCAUGCUCUACCAACUGAGCUGUACAGGACCACACUACUCUGAGAGGAGCUUUUGGCACUUAUGUGUUGUAGGAGUUAUCAGAAGUUCGUAGUUCCGACUUGGAAGUUUCUCUUGAACGACCCUCCAAGUCGUAAUUACAGUGCAUUCAGAAUGUAUUCAGACCCCUUCCCUUUUUCCACAUUUUGUUACGUUACAGCCUUAUUCUAAAAUUAAUUUAAUAAAUGUUUUUCCUCAUCAAACUACACACAAUACCCCAUAAUGACAAAGCAAAAACAGGUUUUUAGAUUUUUUUUUUGCAAAUGUAUAAAAAAUUAAAAACAGAAACAGAUUAUUUACAUAAGUAUUCAGACCCUUUGUCCCUUUCCGAGACAGGAUUGUGUCGAGGCACGGAUCUGGAGAAGGGUACCAAAUAAUUUCUGCAGCAUUGAAGGUCCCCAAGAACACAGUGGCCUCCAUCAUUCUUAAAUGGAAGAAGUUUGGAACCACCAAGACUCUUCCUAGAGCUGGCCGCCCGGCCAAACUGAUCAAUCGGGGGAGAAGGGCAUUGGUCAGGGAGGUGACCAAGAACCUGAUGGUCACUCUGACAGAGCUCCAGAGUUCCUCUGUGGAGAUGAGAGAACCUUCCAGAAGGACAACCAUCUCUGCAGCACUCCACCAAUCAGGCUUUUAUGGUAGAGUGGCCAGACGGAAGCCAUCCAGUAAAAGGUACAUGACAGCCCGCUUGGAGUUUGCCAAAAGACACCUAAAGGACUCUCAGACCAUGAGAAGCUAGAUUAUCUGGUCUGAUGAAAUCAACAUUGAACUCUUUGGCCUGAAUGCCAAGCGUCAUGUCUGGAGGAAACCUGGCACCAUCCCUACGGUAAAGCAUGGUGGUGGCAGCAUCAUGCGGUGUGAAUGUUUUUCAGUGGCAGGGACUGGGAGACAAGUCAGGUUCGAGGGAAAGAUGAACGGAGCAAAGUGCAGAGAGAUCCUUGAUGAAAACCUUCUUCAGAGUGCUCAGGACCUCAAACUGGGGCGAAGGUUCACCUUCCAACAGGACAAUGACCCUAAGCACACAGCCAAGACAACACAGGAGUGGCUUCAGGACAAGUCUCUGAAUGUCCUUAAGUGGCCCAGCCAGAGCCCGGACUUGAACCCAAUCGAACAUCUCUGGAGAGACCUGAAAAUAGCUGUGCAGCGACUCACCUCAUCCAACCUGACAGAGCUUGAGAGGAUCUUCAGAAAAUAAUGGGAGAAAAUCCCCAAAUACAGGUAUGCCAAGCUUGUAGCGUCAUACACAAGAAGACUCAAGGCUGCAAUCGCUGCCAAAGGUGCUUCAACAAAGUACUAAGUAAAGGGUCUGAAUACUUAUGUAAAUGUAAUAUUUCUAAAAACCUGUUUUUGCUUUGUCAUUAUGGGGUAUUGUGUGUAGAUUGAUGAGGGGGAUAUUUAUUUUAUUUUAUACAUUUUAUAAUAAGGCUGUAACAUAACAAAAUGUGGAAAAAGUCAAGGGGCCUGAAUACUUUCCGAAUGCACUGUACAAGUGGGAAACCUGCAUAUUUUUUGUUACCGAGUUGCCGAGUUGUUACCGUUUCACCACUGACCUUUGACCUUUUCAACCAAAAGAUGACAACAAAUCAAUUUGACAAUUACAAACUUAUCCCAUAGGGCGGUGCACAAUUGGCCCAGCGUCGUCUGGGUUUGGCUGGUGUAGGACGUCAUUGUAAAUAAGAAUUUGUUCUUAACUGACUUGCCUAGUUAAAUAAAGGUAAAAUAAAUAAAUAAAUAAAUACAAUUAUUUAAAUAAUGUGAAUAUAGCCAGUUGACCAUAUUGUCAAUGUUAAGCAAGCUAGCUAACUUUAUUAUUAGCAACGUUAGCUAUCUUAUCUAGCUACCUAAAUCUUUUUUGUUUAAUAAUUGUUCCGACUUCAAAAGCACUGGAACACAAUCAUGUUGGACUUAUAACUUCCCACUUUCCCACUUUCCCACUUCCCACGAGCACAUGAAUGCCCCGUUCGUCACAUGAAUAUAAAUAUAUUAUAUGCAACUUUACUGAGAGUGUGAUAUUGGGAGAUUAUCAAUUGUGGAAAAGUCCGUCCUCUCCUCGACCCCUCCAUCCUCCUAUCCUCUGUGACACGGAAACCAAUGAGUGGUCGAGGAGAGUGUCAAUUUGUUAGUAAGCGAUAGGAGGAGUAUGCUCUCCUCCUCGAUUACCUACUUUGGCAGAGGAUGCACAAGAGUUUCCUCCCAGCAGCUAGCGUGGAAGUGUUUUAAAAUUUGCCACACCCCCUCAAAGGAGAAAAGCAUGCACACAUUUAAAAACAAUAUGCUACUUAUAUAACCUUUUAUCACUUUACACAUUUAUUUUGGGAUUUCACCCCUGUGAAUUUGCCUGAUGACGUGCGAGUGGAGAAGGAGAGUCUAAUUUCAUACAAGCGCAUUUCUUUCAACGUUUCCUCUCUUCGCCGCCGCUCCUCGAUUACCUUUGAUCUUUUUCAAAAGGAGGCGAGGAGAGGACGGAGGAGAGGAAGCGAGGAGUCGAGCAAACCAAUUGAGAAUCUCCCAAUGUGUUUAGUUGACCACAUCUCUCCUUCAACUACACAAACCAUACCACAAUCAAUCUCUUCCCUAUGCCCCUCAGGAGAUGCUUAUUUUUUCAAGGACACCUCCUACUGGGUGCUAAAGAGAGGGGGAUUGGACCAGGGAAGUAUCACUCCAAAAUCCACAGCAGUGGAUUGGAUGAAAUGUAAGGUUGCUGGACCAACUCCCACCCACUUACCCAAGAUGCCUCACCAUACUGGCAGAGACUGUGACCGGAGCAGAACUGUGACAAAACAAGCAUCUUAUUGGCUAAUCAUACUGUCUGUUUUUGGUUUGUUGUUAUUUUCUGUUUCUGUAUGUUAGUGUUUUAUUUUUUCAAUGUUUUUUUCUCUGUUAACUACAAUGAUUACAAUGAUUUGUUGAAAAUGAAAUGAAAUAGAUAAAAUGACACACAGCAAGCAGGGUUCAUGAGUUGUGAUGAUUUCAGUGCUCUGAGGAAUUAUAAGACAUUUACAGUGUAUUUACGUACAGUGGGGAAAAAAAGUAUUUAGUCAGCCACCAAUUGUGCAAGUUCUCCCACUUAAAAAGAUGAGAGAGGCCUGUAAUUUUCAUCAUAGGUACACGUCAACUAUGACAGAAAAAUUGAGGAAAAAAAUUCCAGAAAAUCACAUUGUAGGAUUUUUUAUGAAUUUAUUUGCAAAUUAUGGUGGAAAAUAAGUAUUUGGUCACCUACAAACAAGCAAGAUUUCUGGCUCUCACAGACCUGUACCUUCUUCUUUAAGAGGCUCCUCUGUCCUCCACUCGUUACCUGUAUUAAUGGCACCUGUUUGAACUUGUUAUCAGUAUAAAAAACACCUGUCCACAACCUCAAACAGUCACACUCCAAACUCCACUAUGGCCAAGACCAAAGAGCUGUCAAAGGACACCAGAAACAAAAUUGUAGACCUGCACCAGGCUGGGAAGACUGAAUCUGCAAUAGGUAAGCAGCUUGGUUUGAAGAAAUCAACUGUGGGAGCAAUUAUUAGGAAAUGGAAGACAUAAGAGACCACUGAUAAUCUCCCUCGAUCUGGGGCUCCACACAAGAUCUCACCCCGUGUUGUCAAAAUAAUCGCAAAAAUUCCAGAACCACACGGGGGGACAUAGUGAAUGACCUGCAGAGAGCUGGGACCAAAGUAACAAAGCCUACCAUCAGUAACACACUUUGCCGCCAGGGACUCAAAUCCUGCAGUGCCAGACGUGUCCCCCUGCUUAAGCCAGUACAUGUCCAGGCCCGUCUGACAUUUGCUAGAGUGCAUUUGGAUGAUCCAGAAGAGGAUUGGGAGAAUGUCAUAUGGUCAGAUGAAACCAAAAUAGAACCUUUUGGUAAAAACUCAACUCGCCGUGUUUGGAGGACAAAGAAUGCUGAGUUGCAUCCAAAGAACACCAUACCUACUGUGAAGCAUGGGGGUGGAAACAUCAUGCUUUGGGGCUGUUUUUCUGCAAAGGGACAAGGACGACUGAUCCGUGUAAAGGAAAGAAUGAAUGGGGCCAUUUAUCGUGAGAUUUUGAGUGAAAACCUCUUUCCAUCAGCAAGGGCAUUGAAGAUGAAACGUGGCUGGGUCUUUCAGCAUGACAAUGAUCCCAAACACACCGCCCGGGCAACGAAGGAGUGGCUUCGUAAGAAGCAUUUCAAGGUCCUGGAGUGGCCUAGCCAGUCUCCAGAUCUCAACCCCAUAGAAAAUCUUUGGAGGGAGUUGAAAGUCUGUGUUGCCCAGCGACAGCCCCAAAACAUCACUGCUCUAGAGGAGAUCUGCAUGGAGGAAUGGGCCAAAAUACCAGCAACAGUGUGUGAAAACCUUGUGAAGACUUACAGAAAACGUUUGACCUGUGUCAUUGCCAACAAAGGGUAUAUAACGAAGUAUUGAGAAACUUUUGUUAUUGACCAAAUACUUAUUUUCCACCAUAAUUUGCAAAUAAAUUCAUAAAAAAUCCUACAAUUUGAUUUUCUGGAUUUUCUUUUCUCAUUUUGUCUGUCAUAGUUGACGUGUACCUAUGAUGAAAAUUACAGGCCUCUCUCAUCUUUUUAAGUGGGAGAACUUGCACAAUUGGUGGCUGACUAAAUACUUUUUUUCCCCACUGUAUGUCUGUUUGGUCAUUAUGUCUUGUGAUGUAUGUUAUCUGUACGCCAAGUAUGCCUGUCCUUUGUUGCAAAGACAAUUUCCAUAUGGGAUAUUAAAUUAUACUAUUCUAUCCUAUCCAGUGUAAUGCCAUGAUUGGUUCAAUUAUAAUUGAGUCGUUCUGAACUUAGCUUAGGGGCACGUUCAGUUGAUUGAAUAUUUUGCUAUGUUUGCGAACAAGGAUACAGAGAUGUUGGUAAAGACAGAUUUCGAACAAAAUGAUGUAAAUCAAAUCAACAUGUAUUUGUCGUAUGCACAGGAUACACAUGGUGUACAAAGUACAAUUAAAUGCUUACUUGCAGGUUCACCUCUUAA